AAAAUUUGAAUCUUUCUCCCUCUAUACGACUGGAAGAAAAUGUGUUGGGUUGCCUCCCUGCCGAGCCCAGACAUCUGACCCUACACAGAUUGUAUUCAUAGAUUCAUAGAUAGACAGAUAGAUAGGUGUACAUGGGGAACUUGUUCCUUCUUCUUCUUCCUUGUGCAUAUUAAAGGCGCCUUUUACGGAAUUCCUUGUUCAUCACUGCCAAAUUGCACAUUAGUAGUCUCGUGUUGGUGUUGACGACACUAGUUAAUGGAAGCUGCAAAACCCUUAAAAGUAAGCUCAUAAAAAAGCUGUCUUUUCUCUUCUUCUAUCGCUCUCUUUACAGCUUUAAUCUUUGUUUUCAUCUGUUCUUGAAUGUACUUGUGUGUGCAUCUCCUGUUUGUUUCUUUAUUCCCCCCCUCCAAUCGUUUUCUUUGAACACAGUACAGAGUUAAUUAGGUCAAUGGGAGGAGAUUACUGAAUUUCUGAUUUCCCCCCCUCCCCAUUCAUUUUAGUCAUUUUCUUUAUGGAAAUUGAUUACUGAAUUCUGGUUCUAGAUUGAAAAUUAAAUCUGCAUUCUCAUGGGUAAUUAAUGAAAGAUUCUUUCUGUGUACAUACUCUGAGAGCUUUCCUCUGGAUUCAUCAUGAUCUCUCUUGAAAUAUUGAAUAGAACCCAUCCCUUUCCCCUGUCUUCUCUUGUAACUUUUUGAGAUUCCUUUUAGGAUUACAAGUUUGAUCAUCUUUCAGACAAAUGGGACUUUCUUGGUUGUUUGGUUUCUAGUAUUUGUUCUGUCGAUUCCAUCUAAUAAAGACAAGUACCCUACCUACAUUCACCUUUUCUCUGUCUCUUGUUCACCUUUCCUCUUUAUUAUUACCUGUUGCUGCUGCUGCUUCUGCUGAAAUUGAACCAUUGGUUGAAUAAAAUAUAAAAGAGAGAAGUUGUUGCAGCAGCAGCUGCUUGGUUGGUUUUGAACGGCCAGCUGUUUCUUGGCUAUAACCUUAUCAUCUGGCUAUUCUAUUCUAUUCUAUUAUUUUCUAUUUUUCUAUCAACUAAUUGCUAAGUUAAAUGGGAGAAUGGAAUUCUGCUUCUUAAGUUAUUCAGCUCAAUUGCAAGAAAUGCUCUCCACAUGUCGAAAACCAGAUUCUUUCAAAGGGAUUAUACAUAUCUAGAGUUCCUACACCUUUGCAACCAACCAAUGAUGGUAAGAAACCGAACAAGCACAAAGUGGCUGCAGUUGUUGGUGGCGUAGGUUUCCACUCUGCUUGUGCUCGUAACUGGUUUUAUCGUUUACCUUCUGUUUGAUGAGGCUCAGAAGGCUAGCAAGAAGAACAUCCGAUGAUUCUGCUUCGUCGGUCGCUUCACCUCCUGGGGAACGAGGAAAUAUUCCCAUGGCGGUUUGUAUGAUCUUAGACAAUUAACUCUAGUAGAACUGGAAAAUGCUACUGGUAAUUUAAUGAGAGAAACGUCUUAGGACAAGGUUCAUUCGGGUAUGGUUUAUCGAGGAUUACUUGACGAUGGAUCGGUUGUGGCUAUAAAGAGGCGUAAGCACUAUCUAGUUCCACAGUUUGUUAACAAGGUGAGGUGGAUAAGUGAGGUUCGAAACAAGCAUCUUGUUAAACUAAUCGGUUAUUGUGAAGAAAACGACGAGCAAAUACUCGUGUAUGAUUAUCUCCAUUGUAGGAAUGUGGGGAAUCAUCUCUAUGAUAGUGAAGGUGGUUUGCCUAUUGGAAAGCUGGACAUGAAGCAAAGAAUAGUAAUUGCUCUUGGGGCUGCAAAAGGGCUGCAGCAUCUCCACAGUUUGGAUCCUCCUUUGUUCCAUAUGCAUUUCAGAACGCGGAAUGUACUUUUGGAUGAGAAUUUUGUGGCAAAGGUUUCAGAUUUUGGAGUAAUCUCCUUAUUGCUUGGUGAUCGUGGUGGAUCUUCGUCCACAAUUGACUACUUUCGCGAUCCAGAGUUAAGGCAUUCCGAAGAGAACUUUUCUGAGAGGAGCGACGUGUACAGCUUCGGGGUUUUCUUGCUGGAAUUGAUUAGUGGGCGUGAGGAUGAAAAUAUUGUAUCGCAGGCUAGGGAAAGUAGUGUUGCGAAGGAUUUUGUUGACAAGAUGGCGGAGCGAACAAUGAUAGAUGGGGCGGCGGAGAAAAUGAUGGGGCUGGCCUUGGUUUGUGUGGGGAGUGGUGUGGAAAGACCGACAAUGGAGAAGGUAGUGGAGCAACUCGAAAGAAUUCUCGAGAGAGAGAUUGGUCCUGUCCUAGAAUCAAGGCAGAGCGGAGAGAUCGGUUUGGUCACUUUGGGGAGCGAACUCUUCAAAUAGUGUUGUUAUAAUAAGAAACGAGAUUAUUUGAAUUCAAUUCAAAUGAAGGUUGUGAUUGAUUUAUUAAUUUAUUAUUCUUUUUAAGGGAAAGAAUUGGUUGAAAUUGAUUGGAAUGUAACAACUAGUGUGAAAUGUUUAUGUAGUUUGAGCUUUGUUUUAUUUUGUAA